AUGUCUAAAAGUGAGCCAAAUAGCCCUUUAUUGCGUGAAAGUGUCCAAAUCGCUCUUGAUGGACGAGCGAGCUCGAAUUAUUCUCAUUUAAGUCCAAAAAAAGAGUUCUUGCCAGCUACAAUUUAUAUAGGAAACUACCCAAAAGAGUGAAGUUUUCAUCCAGAAACUAUCAUAUGCCCGUUUUGUCAUAAUAAAGUAGUGACUGAGCUUGUUUAUAAAAGAGGGACUAUGUCUUUGUUAGGGUGCUGUGGGCUGCUUUCAAUAGGAUGCAUUCCUUGCUGCAUUUUGCCAUUGAUCAUGAAAUCAUGCAAAGAUGGUUAUCAUUUAUGUCCUAAAUGUAGUAGAACAGUGGCUGUUGUGAGCGUACUAUAA